ACGCUUCCUAGCAUUGUCAGACGUCAUAAAUAAAGGUGCCAUUUUGAAAGUGUAUUGUCAAAAAAUAAGAUUCUUUCUCUGAGCAACUGGCAAAGGGAAGUUAAUGCCAUUUGUCUAAUUUAGUUAAAUGUUAAUAAAUUGACUUUUUGGAUAAGUCAAAUUGAUCCAAAUAAUAAAUAACAACAGUUUUUACAAAAUAUGAAGGUCUAAAGCCUUUAAAAUGAGUUCAAAUGAAGAAAUGUUUCUUGUUAUUAUUGGUGAUGAAGACUAUCAGGUGCCUGAUGAUUUAAAAGAAGUCGUAGAACAAAGUGAUUCAAAUAUGGAGAUAGGUGAAAUUAUAGAAGAACAACAGAUUGAAGAAGAACCAUGCACCUAUGAAAUUCAAGUAGAAAAUGAAGAUGACUUAAAUGGUGAAGAAAAUGUAAAUGAAGAAGGAUACAAUUUUGAUGGAGAUGUUGUUGACGAAGGAGUAAUCGUAGAGGAGCCAGGUUAUGAAGAGCCAGAAAAGACAGAUGGUGUCAAUGGUGACAUAAUAAACGAAAGGAUAAUACUAGACCAACCUUAUGAAGUUGAACUAGAAGAAAUGAAAGAAGAUGAAAAUAAUUCAACAAAUAAUCAAGAAAUAAUUAUUGAAGGUUUGGAUGAAAAUAGCAUACUUCAGCUGCAAAAUGGAGAACUACAAUUAGAGGAUGGAGACGGGCAGCACUAUUUAAUACAAGAAGAGAAUGGACAGUAUGUCCUUCAAGAAUCAUCUAAGUACAAUAUAGUUGAGAUAAAUGGUGAACAAGUGUUAGUGCAAGAAGUUGAAGAGACAGAUGAACAUACCAAUAAAAACAAUUCAAAUGUUCAAUAUGUUAUACAACAAGAUACCCAAGGAUCAAGCGAUGAUGAGUUUGCUAGACCAAAAAGGAAACAAGAAAGACCACCGAGGCCACAUCAGGUUUCUUCAUAUGUGCAAGAGUUGAAAGAAACCUACCCAGAGUUGAAUGAUGAAGAAAGAUUGAUUUCAACUUUAGCAGAAAUUAUGAGAACAAUAAAACCACCACCUCUUCCUGAUAAUUUUUGUGUCAUGAAUGGCAUUAUGUUUGAGUGCAAUUCUUGUGGCAAGUUCUUUAACAGUAUGCCAGAGGCUGCUCGUCAUUUUCAAUACUAUCAUGGCGAGCGAUAUCUCAUAUGUUUUGCAUGUGGAGCAGAUUUUAGAAACCCGACAAACUUAUAUAAACAUGAGAAAGGUUGCACCAUGUAUCCCGACAUCAUCUCAGUUUUGAAGGCGCGCUCCAGACAUCUUAGUAGCAAAGGACGUAAUCGGCCCUACUUUUCUAAAUCACAUGAAAUCAGAAUUGAAAAUAACAGAUUCCUGUGCAGCCAGUGCCCUGCAUCAUUCGGUACUCGGUCAGGCCUAGACGCGCAUGAGCACGAGCACGCGGGAGACAGGCCGUACCUUUGCGCCUUCUGCGUCUGCGCAUACACUUCGCCUUCUGCUCUGUCGCGUCACAUGCGCAAACACCGCGGCGAGAUGUUAGUGUGUGAGCAAUGCGGAAAGCGACUCAGUACUAGGAACGCCCUUGACGCACACAUGUUGACGCACCAACCUGCCCUGCGAAGAUACCUAUGCCCGGAGUGCCCGAAGCGUUUCUCGCAGAAGAGCAGUCUCCAGCUGCAUCUUGAACGCCUUCACCGUGACUUGCCCCCACCAUGCGCCUGUCAACUGUGUCCGGCCAGGUACCCCCGUAUGUCGCAACUGAGACAACACAUGAAGGAAGUACAUGGAAUGCUACUCAUGACGCAAAAGAUGUUCUACAAAUCGUUGCCAAGAUUAACUCCAUCUCAAGUAGAGCAGGCAAAAGUGGUACUCAAAUCAGAGGUCGAAAAAUAUCCAAGAUAUGUCAUUGAAAAAUCGCUCUGAUAUUAGCUCUAAGCGGGCGUCACGAGAGGGGUAUAAUUCUCAGGCCCCUAUUCUAAAUCAUGAGACGUGGUCCCUGGUUCCGAUGUCCCAACUUUUUUCUUUAUUUAAUAUCAUUUAAAAAGUAUUUGCGAUGUGUUGUAUACGUCAUUUAAGUUUAAAAUCGCAGCCGUGAAGUAUUAACGAAUGUUAAUUUAUUAAGGAUUAAAUAAUAAAUUUUCCCAUAAUUUUUGCCACAACUAGUUACAACUACUUUUCUAAUUAUUGUCGUUUCUUUUUGUCCAAUAAUGUUAAUACUAUGACGAUGAGAAACAUAUCCAUAUAUAUUAAUAUGUUUAGAAACAAGUAUUUCCAAGCAAUUCCUUAACACUACAAUAGGCCUUAUCAAAUUAGCUUUAGAUUAUAGUUUUAUUUUACCACACUGCAAUCUAAAAACGCUUGGAGAUGUCUAUGAUCAUUAUAAUAAUAAAAAUUCUUUAUACAUGUAUUUGUCUUUAUUUCGUCGGACUUAAAUGUUUUUAUUAAUUUUAUUGGUUGGUAUAUCGGAAUAAGGUUUGAAGAAAAAUUGAAGAUAGUUCUUAAAUUGUAUUAGUCUUAAUAUCUUUAAAAUGGCUAUAUGAAAGGAAAGUAUGAGCUUUUAAAGAUAAAGUAAUUUAACGCUUAGCAUAUAUAAGUGUAUUACAAUAUAACCGUAUUUGUACAUCUGUUAACCUAAAAAAAUCUAUUUGAGUUUCGGUAAUUAUCCAAAAACUUACCAUAAUAUGUUCUUAAAUAUUUUCGUACAGAUGCCACUUACAGUUUUAUGUAUAUAUAGAGAAUUAUGCCCCAAGUGAAAGAGAUAGAAGAGCGAAAGGGCACCAUUGUGCAUUAAAUGUUGAACUUUAUUAUGAUUUUUUUGUAAGUUUUUAGAAUUAAUAAAGUAUAUUAAAUAUUGA